AUGCAUCCAGAAGGCGAAAACCCCAUCGGUAAUUUUACAGUUGAACUCCUCGGCACCCAAUCAUCCAGUAACAGCGCCAGUCGUCGCGAUCUAGGCUUCACAGGCCAACUCGGCGGAAAAUGGUAUGCUGUAUAUGGCGAUGUACUGUGGUGCGCCUCUGGCGUUACUCACCCAUCAGAAGAUACUGAGGGUUUCCACGGAAUGGUCAGAAAUGCCGUAUCUGCUUUGACUGAUGACCCGUUGGUUGUGGAAGACUUGCAUCUCAACGAUGACGAGCCUGUCCCACACCAAAAGCAAUUCAUGCCAUUCAAUGAAGAUGCAACUGGUGUUCUUUACUACCUUGUUAACGAUAACGAGCACUACAAAGGCGCUGGUGUAGCCAAGAUCGAACUAGUAGAUGAUGCUCCUACAGUUACAGAUCGAUAUGGCGAUCACGAUAUCUGGUGGAACGGAGAUGAACUCCCCAAGUACGGCGACGUAGCAGCCUAUCGGGAUGUCAGCAGCGAAUACAUCUACAUCCUUGGUAAUCCACCCAACAACAUUGCCGAGUUCCCGGAUAACAAGUACGUCUACAUGGCUCGCGUACGCGCCUGCGAUGCUUUUGACCUUGACAUGUAUGAGUAUUGGUGUGGAAGGGAACAAGGAUGGAAGAGUGAGCCACUCACAGAAUGUAACUGCGAAACAGCUGUCAUGUGGGGUGUUGGGCAAGGACAGAUUGUUUACAACAAGUAUUUUGAAACGUACUUUUACGUUCAUCUUGAUCUUGGUGGAACGGUAUUUCUAAAGACUGCUCCCAGCCCUGAAGGUCCGUGGGCGGAAGGAAAAGAGAUCUUCAAGGACGAGCCCAUUGAUGGUGGACUGGUUUAUGCUGGAGUAGCAUAUCCCCACCUGGAUGAGCCGGGCGAGACUUUGACAAUCGGUUUCACAAACAAUAACUGGAUCCGCGUUAUCAAGGUUAAUUUUACCGAGUAG